AUGCAUACCUUUUCGAAGCUCUCCACGCAGACCAAGAACAGCAGCAGCAGCAGCAGCAGUAAUAACUCUCUUGGGGGUUCACGGGGUGCUCGGGCUCGGGCUCAACCACAGCAGCAGCAGCAGCAGCAAAAACAACAUGUACAUGUACAAGUACAGCAUCGAAGACCGAUUGUGCCGUUUUCGAGAAGGGAUCGGGUGUUGUUAGUUGGGGAAGGGGAUUUCUCAUUCGCUCGCUCACUGGUUCAACACCACCAUUGCAAGCAAGUCACGGCGACAUGCUACGACUCCCAGGAAACACUGUAUGGCAAGUAUCCGCAAGCAGAGAGGAAUAUCAGUGAUAUUCUCGGUGCGGGUUCAGGCCAUUGUCGUUCGAAGAACCAUGCCAAUGCCAAUGCCAAUGAUGAAGAAGAAGAGCAUGCAGAGCACAGGGAGGAGGAAAGCAAUGAAGCCCAAGCCCACAAAUCCAAACUCAUUCGUAAACCCCAUGUGCUCUUCUCAGUUGAUGCCCGGAAACUCGGCUCACCUGCUGGAGGCGGCAAAGAUGUUCGCGUCGGAUAUCCGCGUCGAGAGCGCAAGCGGCCUGCGUGGGAAGAGGCCGCUGCGCGGAAGAAAGGCGAGUGGGUGAAAGAGGUGAACGCCGGCGGGGCCUGGGAUAUGAUUUGUUUCAAUUUCCCUCAUGUUGGCGGUCUUUCUACGGACGUGAAUCGGCAGGUGAGAGCGAACCAGGAACUUCUGGUUGCGUUUUUCAAGGCUUGUGUGCCGUUGUUGGCUUCGAGGCCGGACGUUAGGGAUGAUGAUGAUGAUGAUGAAGAGGAAGAGGAGGAGAGUGAUGAUGGUUCGGCUACGGGUAGCGAUGAAGAAGAUGAUGAUGAAGUCAAGGCGAAACGUGAGUGGAGGACUGAACCCGGGCAGAUUUUGGUGACUUUAUUCGAAGGGGAACCGUACACUUUGUGGAACAUUAGGGAUCUUGCGCGCCAUGCGGGCUUGAAGGUUGUGACGAGCUUUAAGUUUCCGUGGACUUGCUAUCAUGGAUACUCUCAUGCGCGAACGAUAGGGGAGAUUGAAGGAAAGGAUGGAGGGAGAGGAGGAUGGAGGGGUGAAGAUAGAGACGCUAGGACAUAUGUGUUUGAGGUCAAGACGGAGGACCACGUACCAGCCCCGGGGACUGGAAAGAGGAAGAAGAGAGCAGCAGAUACAGACGAAUCCGAUAGUGAUUAA